GUCCGCGAGCUGGGCCCCGAGGAGGUGCGCUGGUUCUACCGCGAGGAGCAGCGCAAGAGCUGGAAGCCCUUCAUCGGCUACGACUCGCUGCGCCUCGAGCGGGCCUACCGGGCCCUGCCGCGCCGCCCGACGCCCGAAGAAGAAGGUGGAGGAGGAGGCGGUGGCGCAAGCAGCCCGGAGAGACCCUCGAGCCCCGAGCCGGUGUGUGUCCGCGGCGGCCUCUACGAGGUGGACGUGGCCCACGCCGAGUGCUACCCGGUCUACUGGCACCAAUCAGAAAAAAUCCCUGUGAUGCGAGGGCAGUGGUUUAUUGAUGGGACGUGGCAGCCCCUGGAGGAAGAAGAAAGUAAUCUGAUAGAACAGGAACAUCUCAGCUGUUUCAAAGGGCACCAGAUGCAGGAGAACUUUGACAUGGAAGUCUCAAAACCUUUAGAUGGAAAAGAGGUUAUCUACUACUUCCCUUCCUUCUCCCUCCAUUCUCUGUUCAAAUGGAGAGGAUAUAAGGAGAAUGCAGAGGCAACAGGGCUUAAGCGCAAGCGGUCUGAAGCUAUUCAUAGCUUGAAGCUGAGCCGAAGCCAUGUCGACUGGCACAGUGUGGAUGAAGUGUAUCUUUACAGCGAUGCAACAACUUCGAAAAUUGCAAGGACUGUCACUCAGAAGCUGGGUUUUUCCAAAGGUAAGAUGCGAGACACCGCGAGGAAAAUAGAAGAAAAAUAUUUUUCCAACCAUGCAACGCAUGUUGAGUUCCUGCCCGUUGAAUGGAGAUCCAAACUUGCCCUUGAUGGGGACACGGUUGACUCUAUCACUCCAGAUAAAGUCCGAGGUUUAAGGGAUAUGCUUAACAGCAGUGCAAUGGACAUAAUGUAUUAUACAAGCCCCCUCUACAGAGACGAGCUGGUAAAGGGCCUUCAGCAGGAGCUGAAUCGCUUGUACAUGCUUUUCUGUUCUCGGAAUCCAGAGUUCACCGAAAAGGGUGGGAAAGUAUCCAUCGUGUCCCAUUCCUUGGGAUGCGUCAUCACCUACGACAUCAUGACGGGGUGGAAUCCAGUUAGACUGUACGAACAGUUACUUGAGAAGGAAUAUGACGACCUUGAGGACACGUGGAUGAGUUAUGAGGAGCAGCAUCUGCUAGAAGAGUUUUACUUAACCAAACAACGACUGAAGGAGAUAGAAGAGAGGUUGCACGGAUUGAAGACAUCCACUAUAUCAAAGACGCCUGCCUUAAAAUUCAAGGUUGAGAAUUUCUUCUGUAUGGGGUCUCCGCUGGCUGUGUUUUUGGCCCUGCGUGGCAUCCGUCCAGGGAACAGUGGAAGUCAAGAUCAUAUACUACCCAGAAGUAUUUGCAACCGGUUGCUCAACAUUUUUCAUCCAACAGAUCCCGUGGCCUAUAGACUAGAACCUUUAAUUCUGAAGCAUUAUAGCAACAUUUCCCCGGUCCAAAUCCACUGGUACAACACUACGAACCCUUUACCUUACGAGCACAUGAAGCCAAGUUUCCUCAAUCCUUCCAAAGAAUCUACCUCAGUCCCUGAGAGCGAAUCUCUCCCGACGAUACCCAGCCCCACAACGUCUCCCGUCCUGGCUCGACGGCCCUACGGGGAGUCUAUAACCAAUAUAGGCAAAGCAAGUAUUAUGGGAGCUGCAAGCAUCGGCAAGGGCCUCGGCGGGAUGCUCUUCUCACGUUUUGGGCGCUCGAGUGCUCCCGCCUCCCAGGUCCUCGAGGCAGGAAAGGACGGGGUGGAAGUCGAGGAGAAGAAGGUGGCCUUGAGCCAAACGUCCAUCGGGACUCAGACCUUCCCGCACAGCAGCUCCGGCUUCCUUGACCCAACACUGGAGCUGGAACAUCGGAUCGAUUUUGAGCUCAGGGAAGGCUUGGUGGAAAGCCGGUACUGGUCUGCGGUCACGUCGCACACAGCCUACUGGUCAUCUAUGGACAUAGCCCUCUUUCUGCUCACCUUCAUGUACAAGCAGGACCAAGAAGAGGACAACCUCAAGUCACACAUAGACUCUGUUUGAUUUCCGCUUUUGUGGGAGGGUAGGGGAGAACAGCAUUGGGAGGGGAGGGGAGGAAAGUCUGAGCUUGGCAAACAGCAGGCGACCAUCUGAAUGGGCAGCAUCUGUUUGCAAGGCAUGGUGGUUUCAGGUUUAAAUGCAUGUCUGGAUUUCUUAUGAGAUGAUUCGUCGUUCGAGCCACGUUUCCAGUUCUGUGCUAAUUGAGGCCUUCUUGGAAAGACGAAUCUCCGUUCCCACGCUUCCAACCCAGACGCAUCAGCCGGCUGUGGUUACGUCGGCAUCCGUGGUAGGGCGACUCCUUUAGAGAUCAGCUGUAAACCCUUGUUUAAGCAAGUUCGUUUUCUCAAAGUGCAAAGAUUAGUCUGCUAAAAUGGAAUUCAUUUUCCUUUAAGAAAAAGGCCUGCAAACCUCAAACAGCCACGGUCUGCGUCCUUAGUGCCAGUAAUUAAGAAGCAAAUGGGUAUCAUUGUGGUAAUCUGACGUCUUUUUCCCCUCUUGGGUCCACCGGGGAUUCCUCCCGAAAGGCAGACUCAGAAAGUUGUGCUAACAGAACUCAUUCAAGGCACUAACACUCGCAAACAGGCAUGGGGCAUAUAUUUUGAAAUACUGUAAUUAUAAUUUAUUAUUACCUCUGACUAAUUGUUUUGUUUUAUUCCACUGUGUAAAAAGCGUUACUUUUUCUACUGUUCGUUUCCCCCUGUUUCUUUUUUCCUUUGGAACAAGGAGACAUAAUUUUAAAGACCACAUUUAUUUUCUACAGUGUUAAGACUUUAUUCCUCAAGAUGACAUAUCUUUGUACUUCUCAAAUGGAGCUAUGGACACCGUGGGACACUUUUCAGUAUUUUUUCAUUAAAAAUAAACCUUUGUGGUAUCACACAAA